UGCCAUGCCUAUACGAAUGAAUGCGGCUAGCAAAUGCGAGGGCAGCAAGCUAACGAGGGUGUUUGACAACUGAAGGCGGACGACAUGCUGUAACCGGCUGGUGUCCUCCAGCCGCAGCAACAAUGUUGCCCUCAAGCAGCACCUUGGUCCGGUCUGCUUUCAGGCUGCUGCCGCGGCGUGACUGGAGUCGAGGUUGUGUCUGGUGCCCGUGCAGAAACAUUUCUGUGAAACCUGGAGGUUUGAAACCAAAGAUGGUUCCACCUCGGUACCUGGGCCAGCCCAGCCCUUUCACCCACCCACACCUCAUCAAACAUGGUGAGGUGACCCCAGGCUUGAGCCAGACAGAAUAUGAGCUCCGCAGACACAGGCUGGCCUCCCUUAUCGAGGCCCAGGCAGACAGGCUGGGACCCUCUGCCUCCACGAGCACCCAUGUGGUCAUUGUUUUGUCCCAUCCGACCCGCUACAUGACCAAUGACAUCCCUUAUCCCUUCCACCAGAACCAGGAUUUCCUCUACCUCAGUGGCAUCCUAGAGCCUGACAGUGCCUUGGUCCUUUAUGGGAAAGGGCGUCCAGACCAGGCCAUCUUGUUCGUCCCCCGCAGAGACCCGGGGAGAGAGCUGUGGGAUGGGCCCCGGUCGGGGAAGGAUGGGGCGACUGCUUUGACUGGCAUUGAAAGAGUUCAUAGCACAGAAGAACUGGGUGUUGUGCUCAAGAGCCUGAAAGGCACAGUGCUGUGGUACGACAGUUCUCAGCCCACCCACCCGCGCCUCCACCAGACACACGUGUGUCCCGUGCUGGAGGCGGGGUCGAUGCCGCGCUCUCUCAGGCCCCUCAUACACUCUCUCAGGGCCAUCAAGAGCUCAGCUGAGGUGGCACUCAUGCAAGAAGCAGGUCACAUCACAGCACAGGCUUUUAGGAGGACGAUGGCUCUGUCUCAAGGAGACGUGGAUGAAGCUGUGCUCUUUGCUAAGUUUGAUUUUGAGAAUCGGAUCCAUGGCGCCAACUUCCUGGCCUAUCCCCCUGUUGUUGCUGGAGGGAAUCGAGCCAAUACUCUGCACUACAUAAACAACAACCAGAUUAUCAAGGAUGGUGAAAUGGUGCUGCUUGAUGGUGGAUGUGAAUACUUCGGUUAUGUCAGUGACAUCACGCGAACGUGGCCAGUGAACGGAACAUUCAGCCCGUCCCAGGCUGAGCUGUAUGAGGCUGUCCUGGAGGUCCAGCACUCCUGUUUGUCCCUGUGCUCCCCGGGUAUCAGCCUGGACCACAUCUACAGUACCAUGCUGGCUUUGUUGGGACGACAGCUCAGGCGGCUUGGCAUCCUCAAGGCCAGUACCAGUGACGCUGAUGCGCUCAAGGCUGCACGGCGGUACUGCCCGCACCACGUUGGCCAUUACCUGGGCAUGGACGUCCACGACACUCCUGAGCUGUCCCGCUCACAACCUCUUCAGCCAGGAAUGGUCAUCACUAUAGAACCAGGGUUGUACAUCAGCGAGGACAAUGACCAGGUGCCAAAGCGUUUCCGCGGCCUGGGUGUCAGGAUUGAGGACGACGUGGUGAUCCGAGACAAGGGAGGUCCUCUGAUUCUGUCCCAUGACGCACCAAAGACCAUCGCUGAUGUAGAGCAUGCCUGCGCCCAGAGAUAGGGCAGGGAGAGACAGACAGGUGACCAAGUGAGCCACAGCGCCGACAGCAGCCGGUGUGCCGUGCUUUUCCACUGUCUCGGGGGUGAUGACAUCAUCAGGCUCAGAGCCCAGGUACAUGAAAGGUGGGAGCACACUGCAAGACUCUGGUUUUACUCUCAGCAAUGCCUCGAAAGUAUCUGGUGUGGAAGGUCAUAGACUUGCUGAUGCUUUUGUUGUCUGCCGGUAUGUUUAAAGACGUCUGCGGAUAAAGGCUGAUUUAGCUGUGUGUUAAGAGGUUACGGUGUAGCUUUGGAGCCUACACACGUAUGCUACACCCCAGCUGAUGUGUUCCUGCUCAAAAAUGGAGACCAAUCCUGAUCAGGUACCAAACAUCCAUUUUGUGUUGAGAUGGUGCUAUAUGGCGGGUGAAAUCAACAGUGAACUGUAGAUAAAAACCUAGGAACAACAGACAACCUCUCACAUCAAGUACAUAUUCAGCUGAAGACCCGAUGGUUAGAUCCUACAGUAUAUUCCCCACACCAUGUGUUUCAGUAUUGCCACCAUCAUGGCACACAAUUGUUUGUUGUCUCACUCAAAACAUUUUAAAGCCCACACACACACACACACACACACACACACACACACACACACAUCUGGCUCUUACACAUGGAAAUGCAUCACUCUUUCCCGGCUCAUGCUACAGUACAAAAGAUAAAAACGGCAAAUGUUAACAUGCACCCACCUAUCGCAUUCAUGUGGUGUCGGAAUAAUUGAAAAAAAAUGAGUUCCUGACUGGGAAAAUUCACGUGAAGGCCCCCUAAAGUCAAACACAACAGCCCAGAAAGUCAGCGGAAAUGUUGGUACAAGACUUGCCAACUUUGAUGUCAUCCAUGCAGAAACAUGGUGGACAAAAGUGAGCAUUUGGUUGAUGGUAAGAUUAUUAAUUAUUGUCUUUCAUAACAUUGUUUUACUCUCAUAGAAUUUGUAAAACUGUAUGAGUUUAUGACCAUUAGUUGCUGUCCAUGUAGAGUAACCUUGAUUGGUUAAAGUACAGCACAUCUUCUUUGUCGUGUCCACCUUGUUUCCACAUUGCGACUCAUGAACACACCGAAGUUGAAAGAACGUCUUCCAAACUCGGAAAAAGUGACCAUCCAAGGAGCACGUGAACGCACAGACUGUGCUUCAGAUCACCAUGACAUCAUGUUUAUGCACACGUGAUGAAAAAAGAGGAAUGUGUCUUAUGCAGCUGCUGCUGCUGAUAAACCUGGAUUGAUAGUAAUAAUGACACCAAUACACUGAAAUGGCUGAAAAAGAAUAGACUGAAAAGAGUUGGUGUGUGUUGUUGUGUAUGUGUGUGUGAGAAAAAUGUGACCUCUUUUAAGAAUGUUUAUUAAAAAGAUCUCAUUAUUCCUUCUUUCAGAACAAAUAAAUUCUGUUGGUUUGACUGAAGUUGCUCAUGACGGACGUCAUGACGCGCGAGGUGACAAUGACAAUAAAGGUGGCUGUGUUGAACUAGGUUUUAAAAACCUUGACCGUAACACGGAUGGAAGUACAUGUUUCACCUCAGGGUUAGGUCACACAGGCAUAGAUUUGAGUAGAGACAUCCCCCUCAGCUAUAGGGGAAGGGUCACUUGUGGCCUUCUUUGUCUUGGUUAGUUCUAUGAG